CUGGCGAUCUGAGGCGCAACUGGAGAGGGAGACUGAUCGACUCCAUUCACUGAUCCCGUUCUGCCUCUUACCUUGUCGGGCUGGCUUAUGCGUGGACUAAGAUGUACUUAUCGAGGAGAACCAUGCAUUUUCUUUUCUGUAUGAGAACGCUGCACUUCUCAAGACAAGUUUGAAGUGCUUUUUUUCCAGCGUGCCAAGCGCGCGUUAAACCUCUCUGGUUGUGGAUUAUUCAACAAGCUGCCUGAAUGGAAAGCAUGUCGCCGCAGCAGCAAGACAGUGUCAACCCAAACCAUCGCGCAUCACUGACAGGAGAAAGUAAAUGUCCUCAGCAGGACAAAAAGAGGAUGAAGUCCAUGAUGCAUCGCCGGCAGUCUGCUCCGUCGUUGGUCAUCAGCAAAGCACUUACCCGCUCCAGAACCCUCUCCAGGGAGAACUGCCUGAUGCCGGUGAGCCCGGAGACGUGUCUGCUGGUGCAGUCCUACCUGUCGUCCACGCGGCACUUCGUGGCCCACGCCUACGCCCAGCUGAAGACAGGCCUGCAGACCCAGGAGAGGCACCUCUUCCUCUUCAAUGACAUCCUCCUCAUCACCAAGGCCAAGUCCCCCACUCACUUCAAGAUGAAGGCCCAGGCCUACGUGUCCCAGAUGUGGAUCGCCAACUGCAUGGAGGAGGUGUGUGAGGGCAGCACUAGCCAGGAGAGGAGCUUCGUCAUGGGCUGGCCCACCUGCAACUGUGUGGCUACAUUCAGCACUGUAGAGCAGAAAGAAAACUGGCUCUCUCUCAUUAAAAGCCAUAUGAAAGAAGAGAAGGAGAAGGACAACCCUAAAACCAUCCCUCUGAAAGUGUUCGCCAAAGACCUCGGGAACAGCGCAUACGCCAAGACGCUAGCAGUGAGCAACUCCGACAGUGCCAGCGAGGUCAUUCGACUGGCUCUGCAGCAGUUUGGCAUUGUGGGCAACGUGAAGGAUUACCAGCUGUGGGUGAGCUCCAAGAGGGAUAAUGCACCCUAUCCCCUCAUUGGUCAUGAGUACCCCUUCUCUAUCCAGAUGGGCCACCUAAGAGACCCCUCUCUCUGCCUGGCCGACCCCAAAGACGGCAGCAGCGCGCCCCCUCCCGAGACCCAGGCAGAGCUGCUCCUGGACCAGCUGCAGAACGACAACCAGUGCCAAUUCAUACUCAAGCCAAGCCGCGUGGUGGUGGGACAGUCCUUCAUAGCCUCUACAGUGGAGCCCAGCGUGAAACCCUAUAAGAGGAGGCGGUCCCUGAUCAGCUGGGCCUUCUGGAGGGGUUCGACCAAUCAGCUGGAUGACCCGCCCCUGACGCCCCUAAUCACCGCCCCCGGCCAGCUGUUUGGCCAGCCCCUCUGCAUGGUGUGCCAGGACGGUGCCCUGCCCAGACCCAUUAUGGACAUCCUGGUCUUCUUGUACCAGGAGGCUCCGUUCACCAGAGGGAUCUUCAGGCGCUCCGCCGGGGCCAAAGCCUGCCGGGACCUGAGGGACCGCCUGGACUCUGGAUCCCCAGACGUCUCCCUGGUGCACGAGUCCAUCUUCGUCAUCGCCGCGGUUCUGAAGGACUUCCUUCGGAACAUUCCGGGCAGCCUGCUGUCGUCUGAUCUGUACGAGUUGUGGACGGCAGCCAUGGACAACAGCAGUGGCUCCGCGGAAGGGGAGGAGAGUCAACUGGAGGCUGUUCAGAGGUUGGUUUGCCGUCUGCCCCCAGAGAACUCGCUGCUCCUGGGCCACGUGCUGGCUCUACUGUAUCGCGUCCACCUCCACUCGCUCGACAACCAGAUGAACGCCUUCAACCUGGCCAUCUGCAUCGCUCCCAGCAUGCUCUCUCCUCCCAUCCUCGGAAGCCCCGAACUGGAGGGAGACGGGGCUAAGAAGGUUUGCGAGUUGGUGCGUCUGAUGAUUGAGAAUUGCCACGCGGUCAUGAAACUGGACGUGGCGUCGCUGUUCAGCGGAUUUCCGCAGAGGUGCAGCAAUGCACAUGACAUCACCUCUGAUGUGUCCACGUACCAGAUGACUGACUCCUCCUACGACAGUCUGGAAAACGAGCUGGAAAAUGACGACCUGGGAUCACCAUUCCCAGCCAUCCAACGUCCGACGGCGCAGCCGGACAGCCGGAGUCGAGAUUCCGUUAUCACCCUGAGCGACUGCGACUUGGAUCAGACAGACACGGACCCCGACACGCCUCUUCCGACCUCCGCUCUCCUCCUCCAUCCUCCUCCUGUACCCGCGAACACCAGGGUGUCCCACAUUCCUCGCCCAACCUCCUCAUCCCAAGCCCGACGCCCGUCCACCGAAGUGCCUCUUGUCCUGCCCGUCUCCUGCCGCUUCCGUCGCCGCUCCGAACCCUCCAUCCGCAGCUCCACCGCCUCCUUGCUCCGGUGCCUCGAGCAACGCGAAGGCAACCGCAAAGGCAGCUACGACGACGACGAUGACGACGACAACGACAAAAACGCAGAGACGGACUGCGGCGAGGUGAACGAGGCGUUCACCAAACACCUGAGCAUCCUUCGCCUGGACAAGCCCACAGCUCUGGAGCGUGACGGCGGAACUGCAACAGACCAUGCUACCGCCACCGGCAAACACACGCAGACACACACACAGAGGCGGAAGGACGCGGUGAAAAAGCCCCCGCCACUCCACCUUGGCACCAGCUGCUCCAGCCUCUACUCCCCGACCGCCUCCCCCACGCACUCCUCCAUGAGCUCCCUGGACAGCGCCUUCUCCCAGCACUCCGCCGACUUCUCCUCCUCCUCCACCUCCUGCCCUCCUCCCGGCGGCGGCGGUGGUGGUGCUGGGGGUGUCGGAAUCGGAGGCCCUCGCAGGAUGUCCGGUAGCGCCUCCCCCUGCUCCUCCAUGGGACACAUCUCCCCGCGCUCCCCGACCCAGGUGUCCCAGCUGUUCUCCAUCCCAGCGACGUCGCUCAUCCCGCCGUCGUCGCUGCUACGAGAGUCUCCGCCCAAGGAGUGCUACGAGUGGACGCACCUGAAGAGCGGGCACGGCUUGCACCCAAACUCCUGGCUCAAGAGGGACAGGCGUCUCUCGCUGUCUCGCGAGAACGAAGCGGCAGACCUGCAGAAGCUUCAGGAGAGCCUGGUGAACGGCCUGAGUAAGACCGUCCAAGGGGGGAAGGAAAGGAGGGGUCUGCCAGAACCGGCUGAAGUGGGAUCGGGAGCGGGGCCAAGGCGGAGGUCCACCAGCCCCCCGUCCUACCAGCAGGCGCUGGUCCAGGUCCAGACGCAGCGCAGCAAGAGCAUGCUGUACUCCACCCCCAACGACAAGCCACUCACCGUGAGGGAGCUGAGGGAGCUCCACAAUAAGGCCUCGUCUCUGCCCAGAGUACCCACCGCCCCUGCCCUGCUCGGGCCCCGUACGGGCCGAAGGCCCUCCCUGAAGUCCCAGAUAUCAGGGGGAGACCUCUCGGAACCUCCACAGGCCAUGUUCUACGUCCAGAACACGCAGAACCCGCCCACCGCGUACCGCGGCAAGUCUCACUCACUCAUCCCCAGCAUGUCGGAGAAGCUCCUUCCCAGGACAGGUCGCCGCGCUUCCGAGCCCGUAGCCAACCUGAGCCUGGAUCGCGAGUCCACUCUACUAGGCCUGGAGAAGCUCCACAGGCAAGCGGUGAGGAAGUCGACGACGGACCCGGACAUAGCCCGAAACCAAGGCCUGAGGAUAUCGCGGUCCGACCAGGAGAUCGGGAGAGGAGAUCAGGGGGGCGUGGGGGAUCCCCGGUUCUGCCUCUCACCCGCGGCCACCCGGGCCGUGAGGGACUACUUCUCGUCGCAGAACCAGGACGACCCGCACGGGUCCCUGCGGAAGAGCCAGGAGGUGGCCCUGGCCAUCGUUCAAGGCAAGAGAGAGUGGAGCAGGAGGUGCAGCGAUCCGAAGGUGGAGGACUUUGACCAGCUGCUCUUCGCUGAGGAGUCGUACGUCUAGAAGUGGAAGUUGUGUCUGAUUUGUCAGUAAUGGACAACCUAGAAUCAUUAGUUACUACAAUCCAGUGCCACAUAUUCGACAUGGCCUGAUUUCACCUGGCCAUUUCAACCAGGUGGUCAUUCAACCAGGCAAUACCAUGGUUGAAAACAGAAACAGGACAUUGGAGUGCUUCUGGGUCUUCACAUUUUUCCCUUGGUGCUCAUCAGUGUAGGGGCUCUCAAACUUGGUCCAGGUAGACAAAUUCUGAGGCACUCAAGGUUACAAUUUUUAUUUACAUUUAUUUUUAUUUUUUUAUUUGGCUACUUGUAGAAAAUAAAAACCUUGUGUGCCUCAGACUUUGUCUAUCAAUCACCAGGUUGAAUUGACCAGGUGAAACCAGGUCAUUUGAAAUAUGUGGCACUGUAUUUUGUCAUUAAUAAAUCAGUUUGUCCAUCACUGCUGACUGUACUAAUGGGCCUUUUCCACGUGACGUCAGCCACUUUUUAUUCAAUCCAUUCGAGCAGGUGUAUUAUCCUUAAUUUCCCACCGGAGAUGAAUAAAGUGAUACUAAUCUACUCUACUCUAAGCAGCAUCUUGUGGCAUAGACAUACAUUUACAUGUCACUGUAUCUAUGGAAACCUGCUUCGCUUGUUGGACGUCGCUGAGGAAAAGGCUAACGACAGACGUCUGUGAGUGACUACCUGACUCAACGUGUGUUUGUGGUGGGAUAUUGCCUUUUAUUCAUUCACUGCGCAACUACUGCUUACUGGAUCCAGAUGUUUUUUGUUAUAGUUGAUGCAUUUUUUUUUUCUCCAUAGUAGCCUACCUAGAUCUGUUUCGCCAUUUAAAGUAAGCACACUGCACUGUGGGGGAGCGCAAGACAGUGCUUGUUAGUGAGCUUGUGACCUGUUUCAGAAGAGCAAGGUUUUCUGUGAAGCAGGGGUGGGGAACCUAUGUCUUGAGGGCCAUUUGUGGCUCUUGAGGCCUUUCAUAUGGCCCCUGAUAAAAUGUUAAUGUUAUGCAGCCUGACAUGAAAUAUGACUUCAUUUUUCUAAAGGAAUCUUAGAAAUUACAUUCACAACACAACCAAGCCAUAUUCAGGGCACCUAGAGAAGGUGGGAUCUGUUUUAAAGGUAGCUGCCUUCAAUACAGGCCUAAAGUGCAGCCUGAAAUCCCGGUCCAUGUCCACAGUACGGCCCUCUGAGGACUUUUACAGGCCUUGGAGGAAUGUGAAGUGGCCCUUCGAAUGAAAAAGGUUCCCCACGCCUGCUGUAAAGGAAGCCGUGCCCUAAGGAGAUCAACAGCGGCAUAGACGACAGGAGAUAGAAGCUGCCUUGCUUGCCCCCUGAGAUAGAUACAGUAUAUGUAUGUCGCCUUGCAAAAGAACUACAGUUUUUUCUUGCAGUCAAGUAAAGGAACUCAUUUGUUAUUGUGUGCUUGCUUUAUGCCAACAGUAAAGUUACCCACACAAAACGUACCUCAAAAUUGGUAUGGACUCGCAUACUAUGUGCAGUAUUUAAAAAGUUAUACCACUUUAUUCUGCUUUGUACAAGCCGCAAGUAAUAUAUACAUGUUUAUAUCUGAUUGUAUAAUAAGAGAACUGUUUGAUGAUGUGUAUUUAACAAUUGACAGAAAAAGUAUAAUUCAAAACUGUUAAGUCCUUACAACUGGUACUGCUAACAUUAAAUAAGUGUCACUACACGCGCCAAGCCCGAAUAUAGCAAUGAUGGCUAUAUGUCAUAGGUUUAGUUUACAUCUCUGAUAAGGGUUGGUGUAAUUCUCCCUAAAUCUGUCUGUAGAUGCUAUAUGGACAUGAAUAUUAAAUUACUAGACUAAAUAGUAUGCAUUGCAACCUCGGGACAGGUGUGCUUUUACAUUGCCAAGCUUCACUAUGGAAUAUAUUUUUAGCUUAUUGCAGUAUGCUGACAUUGUUUGCACUUGACUAUUGCCACAAGUUUUCUAUUAUAGUACAGUAAGUAGAUAUUAGAAGAGCAGUGAUGUCCCAGGAAGGGGUCUGGGUUUGUGUCUGUGCGCCAGUCCUAUGAAACAAUGCAGGCGUCACACAAACACACUCAAGUGGACUGUGCAGUAAUCCCUCUUAAGCAAGCUAUGAAUAGCUUCUUAUAAAUGUGGCUUGAUUGAACUGAACUGCUUUCAGGACAGCUUUCAAUAGCAAAUCAGCUUAGUCCAAAUACUAAGUUGGCGGCAUCUAUUUCACCAGUAUGAUAUGCGUGUUGUUCUGUGUGAGCCAGUGUGUGCGGGUGUGUGUGUUGUUGUGAGUGUAUAUGCUUACUGGGAGAUAUGACGUAUUGAUGUACAUUUUUUUUAUUAUAUGUAUAGAAGCAUAUUAGAACCUGAAAGUUGAAGAUUUAUAUGUACAGUUUAAUGCUAUGUGAAAAUCCUGCAAAUUAAUAUUGUUAAAUGCAAAUGUAUUAUUCUUCUAUUCUGUUAAAACAAAGUAUUGUUGCUGCCAACAUUAAGUAUUUUUUAUGUAAAACUCUAAUCAGAAUUCUAGCAAAACAACAAAAAGAAUUUAAAACAAUUAUUGCUCAGUAUCUGUUUAUAUGCGUAACACCAUAUUUUGUAGAUGUUUUUGCAUUCUUGUACAUGCCAAUUAUGCUGCUGUUUGAAAAAAAAGUAUAUUGUAAUUAUGUUUAAAGCUGGUCAUUUCUAUUUGUAUAAUGCAUUUCAAAAUGUUAUUUUCGAUGAGCACAAUUUGUGCCCCAUCUUAAUACCGCCAUUACAUGUGAUUGUGUAAGAGCUGCAGUUUUUGCAUUGUCAGUUUUGCAUUAUCCGCUUUUCCCCAAAUGAAUAAAGACAACUGUGACAGAAACAUAA